UUUAUAGUAUAAUAGCUGCAGAAAUACAAAAUGGAAAGUAUUUGGCAGGAGUGCCAGUCAUUCCUAAAGACUCUACUCUGUUUCAUUGUGGCCCUUAUGUUGCUGCCACUGCUGCUGCUUUCGUUUGUGUGUGCGCAUUUCACCAAUGAGCUUGUGAAUUACCUGCUUAGCAUCAAGUAUCCUAAUUUGACCAUCUGCAAGUCCAAGAAGAUACGCACCUUGAUUGAUACGCCCAAGAAUGCGGGCAUCUUUCACUUCCUUCUCCAGGUGGAGGGAGUCUGUGACUACGAGAGAAUUAAGCGCGCCUACGCAUUGCAGCUGACUGAGCUGAAGGAUAAGAUGGGCAUGAUCAAGUUUCCGAAACUCAGGCAGAAAUUGGUCACCUGCUGGGGCCACUAUGCCUGGGUCAACGACAGCAGUGGCUUCAACAUCAACAAUCACGUGCUGCUCAGCACGCACAGAUACCGCGGACGUCCGGUCAACGAGUCGAACAUUCAGGAUUAUGUCAGCGAGCUGGCCGCGAAGUAUAUACCCUCGGACUUGCCCCAGUGGCAGGUGACCGUCAUACCUAAUGCGGAUCAGGAGCAGCCCUAUUAUAUACUGAUCAAAGUGCAUCACUUGAUCAUUGCCGAGGAGGACGACCUGCACGUGAGCGAGAUGCUGCUGCUGCAGGACAACGAACGUAAAUCGUUUGUUGGCCUCCAGGACGGUCUGACCCGGACGACGAAUACCAAGCAGCUCUCGCACUUUGUGCGUCAGCCGGAGCACAUUAGCAAGCUGCUGAAUCAUGUGCAGCAUCUGAUUAGCUGCCGCUGGCAGCAGUUCAUCUAUGAGUUCGAGUCGCUGGACACGCCUGAUGGCGUUAAGGCCCAUCCGGAUGCACGUAAUAUCAGUCAGCUGCUCUCACUGCUGCUCAUCGUGCUGGUCAAUGUGGCCUUGGGCUAUUGGCGCACCCGGGCAAUGCGUCGCAAAUGGCAGCGACGCGCGACGGGUUUUCGAGCUGACUUGGGUGUAGUGCAGACGCUUUAUGUGCUACUUCAGCAUGAGCUGGAGCAGCGCAAUCUUAGCUGGGCCGUGGCUCGCUCGGCUCUGCUGUACAGUUUGCAACCGGUUCACAUAGUGAAGACCUGGACACGUUUUCUCUGGCAGCAGUUGCUGCAUCAUUUUAUCCUACUGCCCUAUCACAUGUACUGUGAGCUGUUGGCACUGCGCGACGUGCUGCUCCGUGGCCAGACACCGUAUACCCGUACCUAUUGCGCUCGCCUGUAUUUGUAUGUGCCACUGUUGCUGUAUGCCCAACUGGAGCUCUGCAAGAUCUGUUAUGAGCUGUUCAAGGCUCCCAGGAAUAUCUAUGAUGUUCUUUUCGUGCAGCCCACCAAGGAGUUAAACAUCCUACAUAAGAAAUCUUACGCAGGGCGCAAAAUUGUUUCCUUCAGCCGAUCGAUAGAUGGCGCUUUGCUGCGCGAACGUCAUCAGCAUUUGUUUGGCCAGGAGCUGCGUGAGUCUGACUUUAGCUUAGCCUGCUUAGCAGGCGCUGUUUACGACUACUUCAACACCUUCUCAGACAGAGUGGCUGUGCCUAAGCUUCUGAACACAACAUGUCGCACUAUAUCCAAGGGUUAUUUCACCGAUCGCUGUGCGGAUAAAUCGGAGCACAUUGGAGGAGUGGUCUUCCUGCAACUGCCAUUGGGUCCACCGGAUGCCCUCAAAGCUCAUCAGCUGCACGAAAUUGUGGAGCGCAUUCGCAAGCAGCAGAUAAUGUUAUACUUGGCUUCCAUUGGGCAGACCAAGUACAGUCUACUUACGGCGUUGUUGCCCCAUGUCCUAACCAAGAUCUUCAUUAACUUCUUCUCGUAUAACUUUCCCGUUACCAUCACGGAGAUCUAUGGUACAGCAGACACCCAGUUCCAGGCAGCAUGGGGGCAGCGUGUGCAGGAUGUCUUACUGUUUCGACCACCCCAAUCGAAGACUUGUUUAUCGUUGAAUCUGCAUCGAUUCGGCGACAAGUACAGGUUGGCAAUUAUGGCUGACACGCAUUUGGCUCCGGAUCACACGCUACUCACACGAUCCUUUGAACGUUACAUGGAAACGGUGACAUUAUAAUAGUCUAUUAUUAUCCCAAUAAAAUAUAUUUAA